CUGCAAAAACGAGCAUCUCCAGCAUCAUUGCAUUGCAUUUCCUGAUUCGCUACCAGUUCCAGCGAAACCGGCCCCCAAACUCCUUUUCGAUCGAACAAAUGUAAUAUUGGUACAGUUUUAUGAACGACGGUUGCCUAAUUGAAGAUAAAAAAGCAUACAUAGAUACACUUUUACCAUCGGAUAGAAGAAGAUAGAUGUUCCGUUUAUGGGCAAUGUGAGGUAUCUUGCUGCUUAGGCAUCAAGCUUUCUUAAAUGAAAGUGAAAAGCUCUACCAAGGAGGAUUCAAUCACUGGUAUAAAUAGCAUCACAGGAAAUCGAGCCACACUCAGUGAAUGGUAGAUAUCCGGAAAACUCGCGUUCGCACAAUCAGUGGCAAAUACAUUUGAAUACUCAGCAUGUUCCUGAAGAUUGUAGGAAUUCUUGGUCUAGUGGCUGUUGUUUGCGGCCAAAACCACUACGGUGCGCAUAACGAUGUUCAACAUGAUGUAGUGCAUUACCAUCAUGACGAAGAGCAUCACGGACCGGCGCACUACGAGUAUCGCUACGAUGUCCAUGAUGAUCACACUGGCGAUGUGCACGGCCAACAUGAAGCCCGAAAGGACGACUCCACACAUGGGGAAUACUAUCUAAUCGAUGCCGAUGGUCACAAGCGCACUGUCAAGUAUCACGUUGAAGGCAAGAGUGGAUUUAUUGCAGAGGUGCAUCGGGAACCGAUCAAGGGCUUUCACGAUGCUCCGGCACAUCAUAAUUUCCAUCAUAAGUUUGAAGAAAAAUACUAAAACCCGUUUUAACAGUCAUUGUAACAUAGUCAAGAAUAAAAACCAACAAACAAUGUAAA